AUGUUCAGGAUGUGGAUGAGGAAGCUCGUAGACGGCAUUUUGAGAAAGGAGGAAGCCGCUCUCCGUCGUCUUCGAGAAGACAGCGGUAGUCCAAAUCCUCAUCAACCUCUUGGUCAACGAGAUGGCGAUGGUGACAGCUCGAGCAGCAGCGUAGAAGAAAGCGAAGAUGAAGAAGAUGGGAAGUCCUUAGAUGGGAAAUCAAUCGGUGAUGAUGAAGAAGACACGAAAACUCCUAAAAGUGACGCCCCUCCCUCCAAUACAACACACGAAGAUCGCUGGAGAAGUGUUGAUGUCACAUCACAGUCAACUCCUAUGAGUGUUUCCUCUCCUGUUACGUUACGUGGUGCAUCAUCUAGUGCAUCGUUACCGGCUGUGCCACGUCCAGAGUUGAAUUCUAGGCUCAAUGGAGUUUUUGGAGUGGAUGACGAAGAGGAAGAGGGCGGCCGUAACAAGUUACGACCGUUCGAAAUUACGCAAGAGGAUCGGAUGGAGACUCUGACGACCGAUGAAAAGAAACGCAUGGUCAAAGAUCUCAUCAAUAAUAUACCGACUACGAAAGAGGAAUUGUUUGCUCAUACAAUUGAUUGGCGAUAUGUCGACCGACCAUUGAUCGAACAACGUGUUCGGCCGUGGGUAGCGAAGAAAAUUAUGGAAUUUUUGGGUGAGGAAGAAGGAGCGCUCGUGGAUUUCGUCUGUGAGAAGGUAGCCAACAAAACUUCGCCGGAUCGUAUUUUAGGUGAUAUUGCAAUGAUUCUUGACGAAGAUGCUGAAGUGUUUGUGGUUAAGAUGUGGAGACUUCUGAUUUAUGAGAGUGAAGCGAAGAAGUUGGGUCUCGUUGUACCACGGAGUACCCAAUAA